AUGAGCGGCUUGCGAUACCCUCUUGAGCCGACGAUCGCACCCAUGUACGUGCUGCCGAUCAGCUCUCUGCUCGAGUACGACCAGCUGCCUGGCUACGAGCAGCUGUGCGCGGAUGAUAGGCUCGAACUCCACGACGAGCACAAGCCAACCGCAUUCAUCUCGCAUACUUGGCUCGGCAGUGCGCACCCGGACCCAGAGGGCUCCUUCUUUCUGCUGCUUAAGGAUGUGCUCACUCGGGUGCAGCGCCGGGAGAUGCAGAUCCAGGCCUUCUCUGUCGGACUCGCUCCCUUUUUCGGGCUGGGGCGGAAAGAGAAGCUUGGCGCGCUCAAGGACGGCUACAUCUGGCUCGACUGGUGCUGCGUCCCUCAGCGGGAGACCCGCCGGUCCGCCUCCUGGCGAGAGCAGUUCAUCCGAUCCAUCCCAUCAUACGUCGCACGAGAGUGCGUCGAGGUGCUGCUGGAGGCAGACCCUUCUCUGGGCCACCUGGGCCUCAAGCCGGUUGGGUGGAGGCCCUUUCACCUCGCGCUCUUCACGGGCAGAGCGGCCAUCGUUGCCUACUUUGCCGAGUACCACCCCCACCUGAUGCAUCUUGAGCAGCCCGACCUCUCCCCGUCGGGGAUGGUGCUCACCGCGUUCGGCGACCUAGAUACGCUCCGCGUGGCCAUUGGCCUGAGCCGUGAUGUCGAGGACUGCCGCGAUACGGUCGGCUCACCCUUACUGAGAGCCAUCUUUCGCGUUGCCGACGCAAUCGCGAGCGCACCCCUGCCACUUCUGAGGUGCGGCUUGGGCCAGCGUCUCUACAACUCGCGCGCGGCAAUGUCGCGCUGCACCGCGCUGCACGUGGCCGCCUUCCGCGGACACCUCAGAGCGAUCGACCUGCUGCUCGAGCGGGGCUCCUCUCCGUCGAGCACGAGGCACCCCUUUGGGUUCACGCCCCUGCAUACUGCCGCCAUCCGUGGGCACGAGAAGGCUCUCGGGCGGCUGCUUGCUGCGGGCGCCGACCCAUCCAUCCGGUGCUCGCGCGGGAUGACGGCUCUGGACUGGGCUGACUUCUGGGGAGUGGAUGCAUGCACGCGGCUGCUACGCAGCGGCUCGUCGACCGAAAUGUGCAGAGCCUGCCCCUGA